AUGCUUCUUCUUUUAACCCUUGUUUUGAGCUUGAUGCCGUUGUCUGAAGGCAAUUUUGCAAGUGCCACCGCUAUAACCAUGAGCAACAUAGCAAGGCCAGGCUGCCUUACACAGUGCGGGAACUUGACAGUUGAGUACCCUUUCGGCAUAGGCAAAGGCUGUUCUUUGGACGAGUCAUUUGAUCUGACCUGCAACUUGACUUAUAAACCCCCGAAGCUUUUUAUAAGGUCAGGGAACAUUGAAAUCUACAGCAUAUCAGAUUCCGAGAUGAGAAUUUACAAUCUGGUUGCUUACAAGUGCUACAAUGCAUCUGGGAAUGUAACUGAUGAACGUGAUGCGUGGACCAACUUGGAGACCACCCCUUUCACUUUUUCACCGAAGAACAAGUUCACUGUCAUUGGAUGCGAUGAUUUUGCUUUGAUCGGAGGAGCAACUGAAGCCGAGUUCACUAGUGGUUGUUUGGGAGCAUGCAGCAACGCAAAUGACGUCCCUUCUGAUGGGUACUGCUCCGGAAUUGGCUGUUGCCAGACAGCAAUACCAAAGGGUCUCAAAUUUUACCAAACUACAGUCCUGACCGUUGAUAACCAUACAGCAGUUCAUUCGUUCAAUCCUUGUGGUUUAGCAUUUCUUGGUGAGGAAGACAGCUUUCAGUUUGGUGGUGCACGGGAUUUGUAUAAUGCUACAGAGUUUUAUGAUAGGACAAUUGCAAGUGUCCCGGUGGUGGUCGAUUGGGUGAUUGGAGGCAACUCGAGUUGCGCACAGGCUAAUACCGAAUGCAAGGGAAAUAGCUUCUGUAGUGAUGCAGAUAUUGGUGGGUAUCGUUGCAGCUGCAACAAAGGUUACGAGGGCAAUCCUUAUCUUGAUCCAGGAUGCCAAGACAUUGAUGAGUGUAGCGAUAAAAACAACUUCCCCUGUUACGGCAAUUGCGAUAAUACUCCAGGGAGUUACAACUGUACAUGUUUGCCAGGAAACACUGGUGAUGCAAGAACAGCAGAUGGCUGUCGACCUGUUGCUAAAAAUUCAAAAUUCCCAGCUAUGGUAUUUUGCUUAGCUCUAGUGUUUGGCUUCGUGACCAUGUUAUCUGGGAUAACUGGGAUUUGCUUAGGCAUAAGAAAGAGGAAACUCAUAAAGCUACGAGAAAAGUUUUUUGAGCAAAAUGGUGGUGUGUUUCUGAAACAAAAGCUCAAGGCACCCGGGGCUAGUGACAACGUGACAAUAUUUAGUACUCAACAGCUCAGAAAAGCAACUGAUAACUAUUCCGAGGAGCGGAUUGUUGGGCGAGGUGGUUAUGGUGUGGUGUAUAAAGGAAUCUUGCAGGAUGAACGUGUUGUUGCAAUAAAGAAGUCUAAACUAGUGGAUGGGACCCAAGCAGAGCAAUUCAUCAAUGAAGUCUUGAUCCUUACACAAGUCAUCCAUAGAAAUGUGGUUAAGCUGUUAGGCUUUUGUUUGGAAGAGGAGGUACCCAUACUAGUUUAUGAGUUCAUAUCGAAUAACACCCUUUUCUAUCACAUUCAUCAUGGAUCAGGUGGAGUGAGUUCGUUAUCAUGGGAGAAUCGACUGAGAGUUGCUGCUGAAGCUGCAUCUGCACUUGCAUACCUUCAUUCACAAGCUACAAUGCCUAUCAUACAUAGAGAUGUCAAGUCUGCCAAUAUAUUAUUAGAUGAAAAUUACACCACAAAAAUAUCAGAUUUUGGUGCUUCAAGAUUGGUCCCUUUAGAUCAUGAUCAAGUCACUACUCUUGUUCAGGGUACAGUUGGGUACUUGGAUCCUCAAUAUUUCCACACAAGCCAAUUAACUGACAAGAGUGAUGUGUAUAGCUUUGGUGUGGUCCUUGCGGAACUUAUAACUGGGCAAAAACCCCUUUCUCCAGAUAGAAUUAAUGUGGAAAAAAUUUUAGCAACACACUUUCUCAAUUCAGUGAAAGAAAACCGUUUCCUUCAGAUUGUUGAACCGAGAGUACUACGUGAAGCGACUGUUGAGCAGUUACAAGCUGUACGUGAGCUCACAAGGAGAUGCCUUCACUUAGUAGGAGAAAAUAGACCAACUAUGAAAGAGGUGGCAAUGAUGCUAGAGGGUUUUAGGAAGUUCACAACUCAUCCUUGGGUUCAUCAACAAACAAGUGAAUCGAGAAGCUUAAUCCUAGAAGUCGAGCAAUCUGAUGUUUAUGGUGUCCUGCAAAAUCACAUGUAG